AUGUCACGAUCGUCCACAACUGCACUGUUGGUCAAAAAUAAAAUUUACACGUGGUGUAACUAUGCACUGCAGUUGAACAAACUUGAAGCAGUACGCGCCGCAUCAUCAGGUGAUGAAGCUGAUGAAGGGCGGGAUAUCCAGGCUACGGAUUCAAAAAUAACUGAUGAAUUAUUGGAAGAACGCCCGGAAGUUAAUCCGUUAGUGGCUUUCACACAGGAAACUGAGCAGCAUCAGGAAUCAGAAAUUGGGCAUCCGGAUCGCGAAGAACCUAUGGCUGUUGACAAAGAAACGGAAAGUCAAGAAAAACCCGCGGAUAAACAGCAUGAUGCCAGGGAGAAUGUGUGCACCGCGGAACAAGAACCUGAAGUGAAACAGGAGGCCAUGGAUGUAACAGAAGACACAGGAACAUGCUUAACCAAUCCUGUAGAAACGCAGGAAGAGGCGCCG